UGAUGACGUACAGCCUCCUUUCCCACGUGGAGGCAAGUUGGAGCAGAAACGUCCGGCUGCAGGCCAGAGGGCAAAGAGCCGACUACAGUUUUAAAAUGACGGCGGACGUUGAGCGGCUCCUGAUCCAGUUCAAAGAUGAAGCCGGGGAGGUUCUGGGGGCCCCGUUUGAUGUCCCCGUGGAUAUCACCCCAGAAAAGCUCCAGCUGGUUUGCAACACCCUCUUGGAGAAGGUACAAUUGCGGUACCUGGCCAGCGGCUCUGGGGACACCACCGUCCGCUUCUGGGACCUGAACACGGAGACGCCGCAUUUUACUGCCAAGGGUCACCGUCAUUGGGUGCUGAGCAUUGCUUGGUCGCCUGACGGAAGGAAACUGGCAUCUGGGUGCAAGAACGGGCAGAUAAUGCUCUGGGAUCCAAGCACCGGGAUCCAGAUCGGCCGUAUCUUGGUGGGUCACUCUAAGUGGAUCACUUCGCUCUGCUGGGAACCUCUGCAUGUGAACCCCGAGUGUCGCUACUUAGCCAGCUCUUCCAAAGAUGGCAGCGUUCGAAUCUGGGACACGGUGGCUGGCCGCUGCGACAAGAUCCUCACUAGCCACACUCAGUCAGUCACUUGCCUCCGGUGGGGGGGCGACGGCUUGUUGUAUUCCUCUUCGCAGGACCGCACCAUCAAAGUCUGGAGGGCCCAGGAUGUGUUUGCGGUAGACUGGAGUCCUGAUGGCCAACGAGUCGCAAGUGGAGGAAAGGACAAAUGUCUUCGGAUGUAA